UGGAUGCCAGUUGCCGGUGGAACAUUGCGUGCCGCAACAAGAAGCAGAGAUGCGAUUGACAGAAGACUGCAGAUUGCCUGCACGUUGACGGGAAUAAUAAGACAACCAACACGAAGAGCUGAAAACGACCUAUUGAAAAACAAGCCACUAUGAUUGGCGGAUUUCCCCUGUCAUGCAAACAUGAAAGCCGUCCAACAUGGCUGUUAUUCUUUCUGUUCCAUUUCUGUCUUAUUGCUCGUGAUCCACACAUGACCCUCUGUGUUUUUAAAUCUUCUGGUGAAAAGCUGAAUUAGAAAAAAACCCGCCUUUCCAGUAGCUCACGUGCACGACUGAAAACAUGGAGGUAUAAGCCCCCACUGGCAGAAGAAACCCCCGCAUAAAAAGUGUGCGCUCAAAAUGGAAAGCGCAGCCUCCCCUCCUUUGUGCGUAAACGAUGCGGGGCCAGGACAGGAACACUUUGCUACCUUUGUCUGAGAAAACCCGGCCGGCGAAUGCUCAGUAGGGGAGGAGAGAAGGAUAAAACCUGAAGAAGAAGAAGAUAAAAACCCGCCAGCAUCAAGUGAGGGUCGCUUUCCAAAGCAGCGGUCUGCCGAGGAGGAGCGCAGCGUCGCCACCUGGUUAUAAUCUGAGGCCGAGGAAGAGGAGAGUGAAAAGAUGGACAUCACCGACCAAGGAGCCCAAAUGGAGCCGCUCUUACCCACGGAACAAAGUUCUCAAGAAAGUAAAGAUGUGAGGACUGAUGAGGAGGCGGUGUUGGACCGCGGAGGAACACGUUCUAUGCUCAACACCAAUUUUGAGAAGGAAGAACUUGAAGGUCACCGCACUCUCUACAUUGGAGUCCACGUCCCCUUGGGUCGGAGGUCACACCGUCGACACCGUCACCAUGGACACAGGCACAGGAAGAGGUCCAAGGAGAGGGACUCCACAGGGGACGACGGCCGAGAAUCCCCCUCAUAUAACACACCAGCUCAGAGGGUGCAGUUCCUUCUGGGCACAGAGGAUGGCGACGAAGAGCACAUCCCUCACGCCCUGUUCACUGAGAUGGAUGAAAUCUGCCUCAGGGAGGGCGAGGACGCAGAAUGGAAAGAGACGGCUAGGUGGCUGAAGUUUGAAGAGGAUGUUGAAGACGGCGGCGAACGGUGGAGUAAGCCCUACGUGGCCACCCUGUCUCUGCACAGCCUGUUUGAGCUGCGGAGCUGCAUCAUGAACGGCAUCGUGAUGCUGGACAUGCGGGCCAACUCGCUGGAGGAGAUCGCAGAUAUGGUUUUGGAUCAGCACGAGGGUUCCGGCUCUCUGGGUCCGGAUGCUCGGAAGAGGAUCCGCGAGGCCCUGCUCAAGCAACACCAUCACCAAAACCACAAGAAGCUGGCCAACCGCAUCCCCAUCGUACGCUCCUUCGCUGACAUCGGCAAGAAGCAGUCUGAGCCUCAUUCCAUGGACAAGAACGGCCAAACGGUCUCACCGCAGUCCCAGCCAUCCAACAACGAGGCCAAACAGGACGUCAGCCGAGAAAACAGCACUGUGGACUUCAGUAAGAUUGACCUCCAUUUCAUGAAGAAGAUCCCUGCUGGAGCGGAGGCAUCCAAUGUGCUGGUUGGGGAGCUGGAGUUCCUGGACCGCCCUGUGGUGGCCUUUGUCCGCUUAUCUCCUGCUGUGCUGCUCAACGGCCUUACCGAAGUUCCCAUCACCACCAGGUUCUUGUUCAUCCUCCUGGGGCCUCUGGGUAAAGGUCCCCAGUAUCAUGAAAUUGGGCGAUCUAUUGCUACCCUGAUGACUGAUGAGAUUUUCCAUGAUGUCGCCUAUAAGGCCAAAGACAGGAGUGACCUGGUGGCAGGCAUUGACGAGUUCUUGGAUCAAGUGACCGUGUUGCCCCCCGGCGAGUGGGACCCCUCCAUCAGAAUAGAGCCGCCGAAGAAUGUUCCCUCUCAGGAAAAGCGAAAGAUCCCCCCCGUUCCCAAUGGAGUGACGGAUCUUGGAGAGUCUGAGGAGCACGGAGGACAUGGUGGCCCUGAGCUCCAGCGCACGGGGAGGAUAUUUGGUGGGAUGAUCUUGGACGUCAAGCGAAAAGCCCCUCACUACCUUUCAGACUACACAGACGCCAUCAGCCUCCAGUGUCUGGCCUCCUUCCUCUUCCUGUACUGCGCCUGCAUGUCGCCUGUUAUUACCUUCGGAGGACUCCUGGGCGAGGCCACAGAGGGCCGCGUGAGUGCCAUCGAGUCUCUGUUUGGGGCUUCAAUGACUGGGAUUGCCUACUCUCUGUUUGCCGGUCAGCCCCUCACUAUCCUGGGCAGCACUGGGCCUGUUCUUGUCUUUGAGAAGAUUCUUUUCAAGUUUUGCAAGGAAUAUGGCCUCUCCUACCUCUCCCUGAGGACCUGCAUCGGGCUGUGGACGGCCUUCUUCUGCCUGCUGCUGGUGGCCACAGAUGCCAGCUCACUUGUCUGUUACAUCACGCGCUUCACCGAAGAGGCUUUCGCCUCACUAAUCUGCAUCAUCUUCAUCUACGAGGCCCUGGAGAAGCUGAUUCACCUGGGGGUGCACUAUCCGGUCAACAAACACAACGACCUGCAGAAGCUCACCCAGUACUGGUGUAGCUGUGUUGAGCCCAGGGACCCGAGCAAUGAGACCCUGCGAUUUUGGGAUGAGAGGAACGUCACAGUCUCCCAGGUCAACUGGACCUCACUGGAGGUCAAGGAGUGUGAGAUGUUACAUGGGGAGUUUCAGGGGCCCGCCUGUGGCCAUCAUGGCCCGUACAUCCCAGACGUCCUCUUCUGGUGCGUGGUGCUCUUCUUUACCACAGUCUUCAUGUCGGCCUUCCUGAAGGAGUUCAAGUUCAGCCGCUACUUCCCCACCAAGGUGAGGUCUAUCAUCAGCGACUUUGCAGUCUUUAUCACUAUCCUCACUAUGGUCCUUGUUGAUUAUGCCAUAGGAAUCCCAUCGCCUAAAUUGCAAGUCCCCAACAAGUUCAAACCAACUAGAGACGAUCGGGGCUGGGUUAUAAACCCGGUUGGACCCAACCCAUGGUGGACCACCAUUGUCACCUUUAUUCCCGCUCUGCUCUGCACCAUCCUCAUCUUCAUGGACCAGCAGAUCACAGCGGUUAUUAUCAACAGGAAGGAGCACAAGCUGAAGAAAGGCUGCGGCUACCACCUGGACCUGUUCGUGGUGGGGGUGAUGCUGGGCGUGUGCUCGGUGAUGGGCCUGCCGUGGUUCGUGGCGGCCACCGUGCUCUCCAUCUCCCACGUGAACAGCCUGAAGCUGGAGUCGGAGUGCUCGGCUCCUGGAGAGCAGCCCAAGUUCCUGGGCAUCCGCGAGCAGCGCUUCACCGGCCUCAUGAUCUUCACCCUCAUGGGCUGCUCCGUCUUCAUGACCUCCGUGCUAAAAUUCAUCCCUAUGCCGGUCCUCUACGGCGUCUUUCUGUACAUGGGAGCGUCUUCCCUCAGAGGCAUUCAGUUCUUCGAUCGCUUGAAGCUGUUCGGCAUGCCAGCCAAACAUCAGCCUGACUUCAUCUACCUUCGACAUGUGCCGCUGAGGAAGGUCCACCUCUUCACCAUCAUCCAGCUCAGUUGCUUAGUCCUGCUGUGGGUCAUCAAGACCUCCAGGGCGGCCAUCGUUUUCCCCAUGAUGGUCUUGGCGCUGGUAUUUAUUCGUAAGUUGCUGGAUUUCAUCUUCACCAAGAGAGAACUGAGCUGGCUGGAUGAUCUGAUGCCGGAGUGGAAGAAGAAGAAGCUGGAGGAUGCAGCACAAGAGGAGGAACACAGUAUUAUCGCAGAGGAGGAAGGAAUUGUUCAAGUCCCACUAGAGGGGCACUACAGGAGCGACCCAGCCACGGUGAACAUCACCGACGAAAUGUCUAAGGGAUCUUUCGGGAGCGUGUGGAAGGGUGUCAGUCCUGCUGAGAGCACGAAAAAGGAACUGGGAUCGAAAAGCUCCCCUUCCUAACCUCUCAGAAGCUGAUACCCCAAAGUUACGCCAGAAGUGGUGAAAAGCGACACAAGCGGAGGAGGCAUGACAAGAGCCUGGACAGGGAGACGAGUUUGUGAUGACACCUGCUGGUGGCGCCACUGUGCUGUCAAUCAGUAAAUACAAAUAAAAGAAAAAAAGAGAAAAAAAAACAGAACAAAUAUACCGUGCCACACUCAACCACCUAUGUACUGUGCUACACUGUGUUUUUAGUCAUGUAAGUCUGUGUGCAAGUUCAGAAGAAAGAAGUAUUUGUUGGAAACCAUAAGCAACAUAAGAAAACUCACUGAGUUAUCCACCAAGUUAGGCAAACGGAAGGAAAAAACCAAAUCUGGACUUAAUUUGAUCCGCAUUCAGACCAGCAAUGGGUACGGGAAUGAUCAAUUAGUGAACAGCUAGUUGCAGAGAGUGUAUAUGUGGCAUUACUAGUAGAAUGACAGUAUCUGUUGAAGCUAAGCUGUCAAGCACUUUAACACUCUAUCAGCUGCUGAAGGAGACUUUGGUAACUGUAAGACGUUGCUCGAGUAUUAGUUGCUCUUCUUAUUCGCCUCAAUAGCUGCCUUUUCAUCACAAAUGUGUACAAAACUUUACUGACAUUCCGCUAACGUCGAGAAACACAAUUUUGCUAUUGCGGUGUUUCCAUUAAAUAAGAAAAGCAAUUUAAAUCACACAUGAAUAAGUUCGCUCAAUAAAAAACAUGCUGCGCCGUUAUCCUCCUACCACUUCCUGUCGUUUUCUUCGUCUAGUAACAUCUGCUUGUUGAUCACAGGACUCGUGAUGCACCCUAAGGUGCAGUUUUACCACCUCAUCCUAAUGCAAGACUUUAUUGAAAAACGUGAUUUCUUAUUUUGUUUUUUGGCAAAUUAUUUUUCCUAAUUCCAAUUGCCGCAACUAUAUGGUCAAUGGAAAUGCAGCUACUGUUUCGAAUACAUUUAUUGCUACUUUGGCUUUGAAUGAUACCCAGAAGAAAUCUUUUGUAUUUGUUUGGUAAUUGCAAACAACCGGGAUACAUUCCAGUUUGGAAUCACUGCUGGAUCUGGGAUUGAUAUCAAAUCGAAACAUAACCAUUGCUUGAAAAUCAGUAGGAUUUGCUACGUUAGAUGUCAAAUGAUCCGAAUAAAUAGAGAAAUAGAAACUAAUUACCGUGUAUUUUUCUGCAUUUUGUACUUUCAAGCUCUAAAUGAGGCUGUACAGCACUGUUUGUGUGAAACACAGUUUUGUCAUAAAUGCAAAAAAACGACUUUUUCUACCACAACUUUCACCAAGUUUUAUACGCAAUGGAAUUCCAACCUUUUAGAGACCUUCUGAUAAAAUUUUCCAGUUAAAACGUUUCAAAACCAGAGUAUGUCAUCGAACUGCAACCACUGGAUGCGGAUGUUUUUUUAAAAAGUCCUUUUGUGAUAAUCUGUUAAAAUUGCUGACGUGGUUCUAGUUAUAAAACAUUUAAAACCUCUGUUCUGCCACUUGAAUCCUUCCUACUCUGCAUGCGGAUCAAAUUACAUCCAAAUCGGACCUUUCCCGUCUUGGUGCCUAACUCGGUGUGGACCAUUAAGUGUAAUGGUGAUACAGUACCAGCAACAGAGUGAAGCCAGAAUUAUGACUCCAACAAUAUCUUAGUCUAUAGGCCAAUUCCUGACAGAUUUUAAAUGAUUUUUAACAUUUUCUUUCUUGGUAUUUUGUAUGGGUUUUUUUUAAUAUUCUUUCCAAAAAGAAAAAAAUAACAACUGCAAGUUGUCUCUUCAAAACACCUGCCACAGCAAGUGCAAAUGGAUUUCAUGUGGAGCAAUGAAUGCUGCAGCAGAAUUUCGCACCUUAGAAUAGUGAUUAGAUGUCUGCCAGGUCUACUCCAACUCACACGAACCUAAGAGCGCUGGCUAUGUAACUUUCUGAAAGUAAACAUUUUCUAUAUACUAUAAUGUAAAUCUAAAUGUCUGUGUCAGUGGCUGUGUUCACCUUUGAUGUUGCACAUAUAAAUGUUUCUUCUUCAGUCGAGCGUUUCUUCGGUUUACCUCCUGAGAAAUUUCCAUUUUAGCCUUCUUACUAAGAAUGAACUGAGAAGAUUGAUUCCUCUGAUUGGUCAAUUCCCCCUUCACCAAUUCAUACCUACAUGUUACUACAAACACAUUUUGUAGCCAUGUACUUCAACCAUGAUAAACAAGUUUUUUGUUUUUUUUGUCAAAUUAUAGAAAUUAACAAUUCAAUAAAUGCUCAAUCUUAUGUACAACUUAAUGUAUUAAUUUAAAAAUAUUUUUUCUGUUUCUUUCUUUAGUUGACUUUUAUGAUCCUAAAAACCUGAUGACUCAAAAUUACGUUGUGCUGAUAGACAUAAAACCAUAUUUUUUCUCAUAUGUAGCAGACUGUAAAUCACAGAUAUUGUCUUUAAAUUGUUAAAGUUGAUGCGAUCUGAGAAGUUUCUCAGUUCUACGUGAGAAACUAAUCUGCAAAACAACAAAAACUACAAAUUGAAAUGGAGCAAAGUGAACACAAAGCUAAAGCUAGCAACAGGUUAGCUUUCUAAUGAUGGCUCAGUUUAAGAGUAGCUAAUAUGUCCAAAAGAUAUGAAUUGACAAUGGGAAAAGAAUGACCUGCAUCCCCCCUCCCCUCUCACGUCAUUGCAAAAACCUGAAGCUAAAGCUAACGUUACUGGGAGGUUGACUUGGUUGACAAAGACUGAAAAUGUGUAAACUGUUUAUCUGGUCUGACUCAAGUGUAACACCUAAUGCUGAUAUGUACUUUAUAUUGUUUCUGAUUUAUUCCACAAAUUCUAUAUUUCAACAAAACAAGCAUCAAAAUCAGUCUUUGCUAGCAUUAGCAUUUCAUUUACUGACGAAGUGUAAGAACCAUAUCAGUCUUUCAAAUUACUCUUCCAAGUCAAGAAAGUCAAAUCUCGUUUCUCUGCUGCGGUUGGCGCGAAACAUUUCCACUUCAUAUCGGAAAAAGUUGGGUAAUAAAUGUUCAAAACUACAACACGGCAGAAUUAACAUAAAGCUAAAGCUAGUGGCAGGUUGGCUAGGCAGGCUAGGCUAAUUGCAAAGAUUGUAAAUGACCCAGAUGAAGCGAAGAAGCACUUUAUACCUUGUUUCAUUCCAGAAACGUCAUACAAUGUACUUUGUGCAAAACUGGUAUUAAAUUGGUCCUUGCAAGUAUUAGCAUACAAGAGUAUUAGCAUACAGAAAUACAAGAGUGUGUGUGAAUGGUCUCAUGGAAAACUGUUCCUUUUCGUACCCCCCAAAAAACAGGUGUGAAAUGUUUGAACUAUUAGGGACAAAAUUGUCUCAUGUAAUUAAACACAAAGCUAAAGUUACAAAUUUGCUUGGUUAAACGCAAAAAUUGUAAAUAGUGAAACCCUUUUGUCUUUUCUUGAAAGUAGCUGCAGUGCUGCAAAAAAGUAUUUGACCAUUACAGAUGUAGCCUCUUAGUUUUUUGUCAAACUUUAAUGUCAAAUUUUCAUAGCAAUUACAUUUAAUAAGUGAAAAAUGUAUCCAAACAAACCCUGGCCUUGAAAAAGUAAUUGCUCUUCCCUUGUUAAAUCAUACAGUAACUUUGUUUUACCACAGUUUUUCUGGAAAUCCAAGUUCAGUUUCUCAAGCAACACCCAUCAGGUUAGAUGAUGCUAAGUGUGACAAAAAGUACAAAUAGAAGAGUUGAGAAAGUGGAAAACUCCUUUUUCAUAGCACUGUAAGAUGCCUAAAGCUGACAAGCACUUUACGUCUUCUUUGUUUCAUUUCAAAAAGCUUGUACAAUGUAAUUUGUAAAAAAAAAAAAAAAGAACAAAAAUCUAAAUCUGUCCUUGCUGGCGUUAGCAUUUCAUUUUAUGAAGAAAUACCAGAGCCAUAUCAGUCUUUUCAAUUUACUCUUCCAAAGUAAGAAAGUGAAUGAGCUUAUUUCCCAGUUAUUUCUUUUUAGCACACUCCUCUUUUUCUUUUUUGGGGACAGCUUAAAUGAAGAUGAUAUUUUCAAGCUUGCAUGGCAGCGUAGUUUGGUAACAUGUAACUUUAGCUAACAUUAGCUAUCUUUUUGCUUAAGAAUAACAGAGACACUUAAAUGCUUAACUUUCGGGUGAUUGUACAAAUAGCUCAGUGUUUUCCAGCAUACUCUUCAUCAUCUUGUCAGUAAGUGUCAUCUAUGAACAUGUGAUCUCCUCUGAAACUGACCUUGUGUGUGUUAGCAUCCAAAGCUAAUUGUUUUUAAAAGAAACAUAAUUAAGAAAUCCUGCAUGGUGGUGAAAUUAUAUCACUGCAGGAUCAUGGAUUCCUCUAGAGAUGCAAUAAUUCUGUUCUCUUCUUCUGGUAAGGGCAAAAUGUAAAUGGUAAAGAGUCUUAACACUGUAUAAUACAUAGAAUAUUUUAUUCGUGUAAAAUGUUACUAAUAUGUUACUAAUAAGAAAUGUGUUGAAUUCAGAUUUUUGUUUAUCUUCCCUCUACCCCCCAAUGUCCAACCGAUGGUUCUUAGCUGAUUAGAGAAACCAAUGGUGGGUCAAAAUGAAAUCAAAAUCAGAUAUUUUGACCACUUCUGUGUGGAAUUCUGCCUUAAAUUUGGUAUUAUUACACGGGCACUUUCUGUUUUAACAAUUGAAGUCACCUUUAUGGAGAACUAUAAGUUCAGAUCUGUUGUGCAGUUGUAAUUAGUUUCAUAAGAAUGAGAGAGUGUGUGCAAGAUGACAUAAAUAAAGAAAUAAAACAGCUGAAA